UUAAUAUUAUUGUAAUAUUACUAAGGUGUUUGCAGCACUAUGCAAUAGAAGAUUAAACAACAACAGAACCUCACCCCCUAUAAAGAGCUAGAGCUUGUUAAUUACAUAGAUUAACUCUGCAGAGAGCACCUUCUGCCUACGCGCGAUAUGGUUUAACAUUUUGCCUCUAUUAUCUGCGGAUUUGAGGUUAGGAAGACCUGGGUUACACGCUUCGUCCAGCGGCAUCACGAAGUGCUUACUCCACAGUGGACCUCCGCCAUGGCCUCCGAACGUCACGCCGCUGAUUCCUAUAGUAAGUAUAGCUUAUACUUUGACAUGUUAGAGCUUAAAAUAAGCAAGAAGGGUAUAGAGCCUAAGCACACAUACAAUAUAGAUAAGAAGGGCUUUAUAAUUAGGAAGAUUGGCAAGCAGAAACAAGUGUUCAGCAGGACAAGCUACAGCAAUAAGCGCUUCUGGCAGACCUUAGAGGAUGGCAAUAGAGAUCACAGCAGCUAUAUAAGCCGCUUAUUUCUAACGUACUACAACAUACUUAAAGCCUUUAAGGCAACAGGCCUUCAGCCGCUUAAUUGCGAUAAAGUACUCAAGCGCUUCCCUAAAGGAGCUGCUACUCUGUCUACCCCUCUGCCGCCUAAGGCAGGUACAACAGCACACAAAAUAAUAAGGAAGUUAGACUCUAUUAUAGGCAAUAGGUACUCUAAUAAAGCAAGAGCUCUCUGCUAUAAGAUUAUAAAGGAGACUGUGCAUGCAGAGAAGCUUAAAAAGGCUAACAUUAAAGAGCUUAAAGCUGCUAAUAAGCUAUACAACAACAAGAUUAAAGAACAGAAGCGCAAGGCGGCUGCUGCGGCGAAGGAAGUGCGUGACCGCAAGUGCGCGGAGGAACGCGUAGCAAUCAAUGCUCGCAAAGCUCAAAGACUCAAGGAUAAACAAGCUCGCAACGCUCAAAAAGCCAGCCAAUUGCCUAACAAAGGCAAGCGCAAAGCUUCAAAAGCACCUCAGGCACCUGCAGCCAAAAAGCGUCGUUCUGCGCAGCCUCGAAGUGGUGCUGUUGCUGCAGCGGCUGCUCCACCUCGCGGCACUCACACAACCCACAGCAGCCGCACCGCAACAUUAUAUAAAUAGUGCUUUCAGCAAAUAAAUUGCAUACAUCAAUUAACUAUAAUACUAACAAACCUCGUGAUAAUUACUAUUGUGGCUGUUUCUACAGCCUCAUUUUGCUAUGGUGCGUGAGGUGGGUGCUGCGUGCGGAACGCGGAACCGUGCGGCACGAGCUCCGGCACGGUAAC